GCUCUUGCGUCGCGGGCAGGAAGACAUGGAGGAGGCCGGCACUUGAGAAGGAGAGCCAAGGCGAAUGACCCACCAACCGAGGCCCCCGCCAUGGCGGAGAAUUCGGAGCUAGAAAGGAAGGCAGUGGAAGAACUUCUAACAGAAGCCAAGCGUGGAAAAACCAGAGCAGAAACUAUGGGGGCUAUGGGCUGGAUGAAGUGCCCUCUUGCCAGCACAAAUAAACGAUUUCUUAUUAAUACUAUUAAGAACACAUUGCAGUCCCCAAAAGAGCAAGACCAGGGACAGAAUCAUCAGGAAGACAAUGAGGAAUCUGAGCCAACUCAGUGCAGGGAAGAAACCAAACCAAAGAGACACAGAUCACAUCCUUACAAACCUAGCUUUCGGUCUAGGAGAAGAGUCAGUUCUUCUCCUCCGAGGCACCGGAACAGGAACCAGAACGUGAAGGACAAGUAUGAAAAGCGAUCAAACAAGUGAAAAAAAAUACAUGCAAUUCCAAACCAAGAAUAUAAUUAAACACUGUGGGAACUGUUUGUUUGUCUUCGAAUAGAGAGUAUCGUUCAGUACAGAUGUCUGUGUUGGUAACAGGUUUUUUAGAGGCAAGCAAAGUACUUCUCGUGAACUUUCUUUGAGGAGUUCUUGUGUAUUUCUUUUCUGUUCCCCGCCCCCUGCCGCCACACCACCCCCAGUUCUACCCCUUUCCAAUUAAACUCAUUUCCUUCCUUUGGAUAGUUGUAACAUUUUUAUGCUUAGCACAAGUCUUUUGGAAACGUUUACCUUUUGGAUUAAUAUACAUGAAUGUGUAUUCUGUACACUAUUUAAUUUGUUUCUAAACGUCUUCAAAGAAGCUUUUCAGACCCUCUUUGCUUUUAAAAUGUUUUGUUGCAUAGGUACAGAAAACCUGAUUUGCUUUUUUUGGGCUACAUGUAGUACAAAUGUACUAAGUUUAUAAUCUGAAAAGUGCUUAUGUAUUUGAAUAUUACAGAUUACUUUGUUUAACUAGUACAGAUUAUUUUAAUGUUUAU